AGCUUGUGUUUGUGGUCCUCUUCCACUUUUUCACCUAUUAAUUCCUUACACUUUAUCCACCUUCAUAACUCCACCCAGUUUCCCCCCUUCUUAAUAACGCUCAACCAUUCUCCAUUUCCACCAAAACCUCAUUGUAAAUUCUGAUACGUAGACUUCCUUAACAAUGGAGGGCAAAAAUUUUGAAGGAAGGCAAACAUGGAAAGAGAAAUCGAAGAAAGAUGUUGAGGAAGUAGAGGAUGACUACUCGGACGAAGAAGAGACUGGUGGCGGUGGUGGAGGGUUGAUGCUGAGAUUUGAAGAAAAUGAGAGGCAGAAGAAAGCUGCUGCAGCUGGAAGAAGAGGAUCUGGUGGUGGAGGUGGAGGUGGGGUUUCACAGCCAUCUUGUCAAGCGGAAAGGUGCGGGGCUGAUUUGGUUGAUGCAAAGAGGUACCACCGCCGGCAUAAGGUUUGUGAGUUUCAUUCGAAGGCAGCUGUUGUGAUUGUUUCCGGGACUCGACAGCGGUUUUGUCAGCAAUGCAGCAGGUUCCAUGAGCUAAUCGAAUUUGAUGAAGCAAAGAGAAGCUGUCGCAGGCGUCUGGCAGGACACAAUGAGCGACGCCGCAAGAGCUCAGGCGAACCUUAUGGAGAAAGCUCAAGCCGGAGAGUGGUUGGUCACCAAUACAAAGAAAGUCAGACUAGAUAUCAGAUCACGCCCCCAGGAAACUCUUCCUCCAAGCAUUGUCAGAUCAGAUAAGGCCAUGCAUCUUGUGAUCUGCUCUCUACAUGCUCUCUCUCUUCUGUCAUCCGUGGCUUUGUUUCUAGGCCAUUACAUAUGUGAGCUUCUAAAGCUAUUCUGGUGUAUGGUUAUGUAGUUUCGACUUGUGUUAAAACUAAUCCUUAACACUAUUCUGGAUGUUUCAAUAAGACAAUUGGGAAUGUUUAUGUAGGAAGCACCUAUGAUAUUAAUAAUACAGAAACGCAUAUGCUCAUAACUA